UCUAGCGUCAAGAUGGCGGCAGCGGGGGAGGAGGCCCCCAGCUCUCCGAGGCCGGGUCUGGACCUGCCGAGGCGGCCGCCGCGGGACGGUUAUGGUGUCUACGUGUACCCAAAUUCUUUCUUCCGAUAUGAAGGAGAGUGGAAAGGAGGGAAGAAACAUGGUCAUGGGAAGUUGCUGUGUAAAGAUGGGAGUUACUAUGAAGGAGAGUUUGUAGAAGGAGAGAUCAUGGGAGAAGGCUGCCGGCUCUGGGCCUGGUCAGGAAACACCUACACUGGACAGUUUGUUUUGGGAGAACCUCAAGGACGCGGCGUCAUGAAGUACAAAGCCGGUGGAUAUUAUGAAGGGGAGGUCUCCCACGGCAUGAGGGAAGGGCUUGGGUUCCUGGUGGAUGGGGAUGGACAAGUGUACCAGGGGUCAUUUCAUGACAACAGAAGGCACGGCCGUGGACAGAUCCUCUUCAGGAAUGGCGACAAGUACGAUGGUGACUGGGUCCGGGACCAGCGUCAGGGACACGGGGUACUGUGCUGCGCAGAUGGCUCCACCUAUGAGGGACAGUGGCACAGCGAUGUCUUCAGUGGCCUGGGCAGCAUGGCCCACUGCUCAGGGGUCAGAUACCAUGGACUGUGGAUCAACGGCCACCCAGCGGCACAGGCAACAAGGAUGGUGAUUUUGGGCCCGGACGUGAUGGAAGUGGUUCAAGGAUCUCCCUUCACAUUGAGUGUCCAGCUGCAGCAGGACAGCGGGGAAGUAGCCAAGAGUGAAACUGGCCGGGUCCUGCAGAUCUCAGCGGGCGUCAGACACGUGCAGCUGCCAGCCUACUCCGAGGUCAGCUUUUUCAAAGUGGAUAACGACAACCAAGAGACGUGCAUUCAGACCCCAUUUGGCUUCGAGUGUGUGCCUUAUCCCCUGUCCAGCCUCCCGUCCAGGGCACUGGAUCCCCAAACCGCUGUGGAAGAUGCGGGGGCCAACCUGCCCUUCCCCAAAGGAGACCUGAAGCCAGUGGUGGACUCAGGCACCUCCCACGGCCAGAGCGACACACCUGGUAGCCACCCUGCUGGGGGAUGUGAGCCCCGCUAUCCUGGAGCCCUUCAGCAUGUGAAGCAAGGCUGUGCCAAAUUUCCGGACAUCUUCCUGGGGCCUCCACCACCCAGGUUCCGUCCAUUCCUGUCCCUAGACAGCCUCCACCAGAAGGCAAGGAGCAGGUCCAGAGGCAGCCUGUACCCUGGAGUGACGACGCCCUCCGGACAGGAGUUACCAGGAAGCAACAGAGACAUUCCAGGCACAUUACAGAAUUCCACAACAUGACAAAGAG